AUACCCUGGGCCAUUCUCCCUGGCUCUCUCUUGAGAUGUUUGAUUAGAGAUGCUGGGUCCAGGGCACCUCAGUUCUUUUCCCAUGCAGGGGGCACUGGCCUCCGGUAGGAGAUGCUCAGACUAUGGCAGGUGCACAGGGCCAGGGAGGGGUGGACAGUGCAGCCGUGCCUGAAACUCUAGACAGGUCAUGCUCCUUCCCCAACAACAGCUCUCUCAUUCCUGGUCCCCCUUGUGCCCCCAGAACCCACCUGAUCACGGUUACAGAAUGGACUCUAGCCCGGCGGGCAGCCCCAGUCCUCAGCCCUCAAGGGCCAAUGGGAACGUCAACCUGGGGCCUUCAGCCAACCCAAAUGCCCGGCCCACCGACUUUGACUUCCUGAAAGUCAUUGGCAAAGGGAGCUAUGGCAAGGUGCUACUGGCCAAGCGCAAGUCUGACGGGAUGUUCUACGCAGUGAAGGUGCUGCAGAAAAAGUCCAUCUUACAGAAGAAAGAGCAGAACCACAUCAUGGCGGAGCGCAGUGUGCUUCUGAAGAGCGUGCAGCACCCCUUCCUUGUGGGCCUACGCUACUCCUUCCAGACGCCCGAGAAGCUCUACUUUGUGCUCGACUAUGUCAACGGGGGAGAGCUCUUCUUCCACCUGCAGCGGGAACGCCGGUUCCUGGAGCCCCGGGCCCGGUUCUACGCCGCCGAAGUGGCCAGCGCCAUUGGCUACCUGCACUCCCUCAACAUCAUUUACAGGGACCUGAAACCAGAGAACAUUCUCUUGGACUGCCAGGGACAUGUGGUACUGACGGAUUUUGGCCUCUGCAAGGAGGGUGUAGAGCCCGAGGAGACCACAUCCACGUUCUGUGGCACCCCCGAGUACUUGGCUCCAGAAGUGCUCCGUAAAGAGCCUUAUGACCGGGCGGUGGACUGGUGGUGCUUGGGGGCAGUUCUCUACGAGAUGCUGCAAGGCCUGCCACCCUUCUACAGCCAAGACGUGUCCCAGAUGUAUGAGAAUAUUCUGUACCAGCCGCUACAGAUCCCGGGGGGCCAGACGGUGGCUGCCUGCGACCUCCUGCAAGGCCUUCUCCACAAGGACCAGAGGCAGCGGCUGGGCUCCAAAUCAGACUUUCUUGAGAUAAAGAGCCAUGUAUUCUUCAGCCCCAUAAACUGGGAUGACCUGUACCACAAGAGGCUGACUCCACCCUUCAACCCAAAUGUGGCAGGACCUGCUGACUUGAAACACUUUGACCCAGAGUUCACCCAGGAAGUUGUGUCAAAGUCCAUUGGCUGCACUCCCGACACUGUGGCCAGCAGCUCUGGGGCCUCAAGUGCAUUCCUGGGAUUUUCCUAUGCACCAGAGGAUGAUGCCAUCUUGGACUACUAGAAGAGAAGCACUCGUGUAACCACUGAAGACAGCUGCUCCCUGCCCCAGGAAUAAUGGGGGAUGAAGCUGGAAGAUCAUGGAAAACACACCUACGACACUAACACAGACCUACUGGAGAUCUAAGCUGGGUCAGGAAGAGUUACCAUUACCCUUUGGCAUGUGCUGAGAACUCUGAAACACUGUGAUUUGAUUUCCAUCAUAGCAGUAUCUGUUAUUUGACAAGUGUGUGGAACAAGAUGUGGGAGUGGCCAAAAUUUCCCCAACUUCCCAAAGCAAAAAGCAACAGAGUGUAAUUGUUGGAAACAUGAUAGUACUGUCACAAGUAUACAACCCACUAUGGGUUGUGAAACACAUAAUGGUUCCAUGUGUUCUAAGACUGUAAAAUCACAAAAUUUUCACCAAGACAGAAAAUAAAAAUGGAGAAAAACUA